AUUUCCCUGUACUCCUCUCUGCUAUUGGCCUUUCACCUCAUUGUGGUAAUGUUGCUUUAAACAUUUUUCAUACGUUCUUCAAAAGUGGGCAGGCCCCCUUGCCUUAUAAGUCUGUUCAUUCUUCCAUCUGAUUACUGUCGGGCUCGUAGUCUCAUCUGGAAUCUGUUGCAAUCUGAAGAUUUCAUACUGAAAGUUCAGUUGAGUCUCACAAUCCUUGGCUUCCAAAGGUUAACAGUAGUCUUGCUGUUCAUGCACAGCGAUACGUUAUGCUUUUGUUCUUGUACUGCUGCCUUGGGUAACAACUGCUGCCUCUGCUUUACACGGUUGCCUUAAGAGCCCAAAGAAUAUUCAUUUGAGACAAGCACCUGUACUUUAAUACCCUCACCAUGAAGCUUAAAGCAGAAGUGUACUCCUUUGUCUUGCUGCCUGUCUACCUGUUAAUGUUUGUGUACAGUACUCUUACGUUUCUACCGUGGUAUCUUCUCACCAACGCAAAGGAGAGGAAGGCUAUGGCAAAAAGAUUAAAAGCUAAACCUGUUUCGGAUGUACCCGGAAGUCCUUAUCGGGCUGUCAGCCACUUCGAUUCACUUGCCACCAUAGACAUUCCUGGAGCAGACACUCUAGACAAACUCUUUCAACAUGCUGUGGACAAGUUUGGCACAAAAGACUGUCUGGGCACAAGAGAGCUGCUGAGUGAAGAAAACGAGAAGCAACCAAAUGGCAAAGUCUUCAAGAAGCUAAUUUUAGGGGAGUAUAAAUGGUUAAGUUAUGAAGAAGUGAAUACUCGCGUCAACCAUUUUGGAAGUGGGUUGGCUACACUGGGCCUAAAGCCACGGAGCACGGUUGCCAUUUUCUGUGAAACUAGAGCCGAAUGGAUGAUAUCUGCUCAAGCAUGCUUAAGAUACAAUUUCCCAUUGGUUACAUUGUACGCUACACUUGGUGAAGAUGCAGUGACGUAUGGCCUUAAUGAAUCGGGAGCCACACAUCUCAUUACUAGUGCUGAGCUGCUGGAGACAAAGCUCAAGUGUGUGUUGUCACAGAUCAACAACAUUAAACACAUAAUCUAUGUGGGCAAGAAAACCAUAGAGCAAUCAGGAUAUCCAGAAGGCCUGCAGAUCCAUAAUAUGGAGGCAGUAGAAGAGCUGGGUGCCAAACCUGAGAAUUUGAACAACCCUCCAUGCAGUCCUCUUCCUACAGACCUUGCUGUUGUCAUGUAUACAAGUGGCUCUACUGGCAAACCCAAAGGAGUAAUGAUGAUUCACAGCAAUCUAAUAGCUGGCAUGGCUGGGCAGUGUGAACGGAUACCUGGCCUUGGGCCAAAAGACACCUACAUUGGAUACUUGCCCUUGGCACAUGUUCUGGAGAUGACUGCAGAGAUAUCCUGUGUAACUUAUGGAUGCAGGAUUGGCUAUUCCUCUCCACUAACGCUGUCAGAUCAGUCUAGUAAAAUAAAAAAAGGAAGCAAAGGCGAUUGUUCAGUGCUGAAGCCCACACUGAUGGCUGCUGUGCCUGAAAUUAUGGAUCGUAUUUACAAAAAUGUCAUGAGCAAAGUGCAAGAAAUGAAUGUUUUCCAGAGAACAUUGUUCAAGCUGGGUUAUGAUUAUAAGCUGGAACAGAUAAAGAAGGGAUAUGAUGCUCCGUUAUGUAAUGUGAUACUGUUCAAAAAAGUAAAGGCGUUAUUAGGAGGGAAUGUCCGCAUGAUGCUGUGUGGUGGCGCUCCUUUGUCCCCCCAGACUCAGAGGUUUAUGAAUAUUUGUUUCUGUUGUCCAGUUGGUCAGGGUUAUGGAUUGACUGAAACAUGUGGAGCUGGUACCAUCACUGAAGUAUCUGACUAUAGCACUGGAAGGGUGGGAGCUCCACUUACCUGCUGUGAAAUGAAACUACGAGAUUGGGUAGAAGGAGGCUAUAGGAAUCAGGAUAAGCCACAUCCACGAGGAGAAAUUAUAAUUGGAGGGCCAAAUGUUUCCAUGGGUUACUUUAAAAAUGAGGAACGAAACCUAGAGGACUUCUUCGUGGAUGAGAAUGAACAGAGGUGGUUCUGUACCGGAGACAUCGGAGAGUUCCACUCUGAUGGCUGCCUGCAGAUAAUUGACCGGAAAAAGGAUUUGGUAAAGCUACAAGCAGGAGAAUAUGUGUCUCUGGGCAAAGUAGAAACUGCCUUGAAGAACUGUCCAUUCAUUGACAACAUCUGUGCCUAUGCCAACAGUUACCAGUCUUACGUGAUCAGCUUUGUCGUUCCUAAUCAGAAGAAGCUGACUAGUUUAGCACAACAGAAAGGGAUCGAAGGCACUUGGGAGGAAAUCUGUAACGAUCCCACAAUGGAAGCAGAAGUAUUAAAGGAGAUUAAAGAGCUAGCAUGUUCAAUGAAAUUGGAACGCUUUGAAAUCCCAAUCAAGGUACGACUAAGCCCGGACCCUUGGACCCCGGAAACGGGUCUUGUUACAGAUGCUUUUAAACUGAAGAGGAAAGAACUAAAAAAUCACUAUUUAAAUGAUAUUGAGCGGAUGUAUGGAGGCAAAUAAAGCAACAAAAUGGACAUAAAGCUGAAGAGGACUUGGCGUGUGGGUGUUUUUUUUUUUUUUUUUAUAUAUUUUUGGUUUGGUUUUUCUUUUCAAGUACAGAGGGAGAUUUUUUUUUCUUUUUUUUUUGACUGGAUAAAGUAUCUGUCUGUUUAGGAAAGGUUGUGACUAUGCAUAUUUGUGCAGUUAAAACUGAAGAAAUGUGUAAUUUAUUUUGCCCGACUUGCACAUAAAUGUAAAACCGCUGACGCACACGUUAAUUCAGAAAAACGAACUACUCAAAGCUUAUUUAUUUGAACAAACCACUUAUGCACCCUAACCAACGCUCCUGUUUUGGAUCAUACAAUCGCUACCAAAACAAAACUGCAUAAAAUAGAACAUUUAUAAUAUUUUAAGGCUACAUACACACACACUUUUUUUUCCUUCUUUUAUCCAAUGUAUUGCAUCUGCUUUCAAAACUGAUAUACAUCAAACUGUCAAUUUUAUAGACUUGGGCAUUAAUAGGUUCUUCCAUGUUGUAGUCUGUUACAUUCCUGUCAACAAUCUGCAUUUUUAAAAGAUUUGGGCUUAUUUGGGUUUUCAGCAGUGUAGUCAAAAAUCUGGUUCUAGAUGGUUAUGAUAUUGGGACAUUGUUCCUCGCAAGUAUUUGUUGGCCCUUGUCUUAUAAAUACCUUUACACAUAUGA